AUGCAGCUCGUUGAAGAGGGCAUUUUGAAGCUCGAUGAUGGCGACCACCUGGAGAAGUUGUGUCCAGAGCUCAAAGACCUCAAGGUGUUGCGGGCUGACGGCUCGCUUGAGGCUAAGAAGAGGAGCAUCACAUUGAGAAUGCUUCUCACGCACACGGCGGGUUUCGGAUAUACCUUCUUCAACGAGCGGCUCAGAGACUGGGCAUUUCCGGCAGGAGUGGAUGAGUUCUCUGGCCGGUUUGAGGACAUGAAGACGCCUUUGCUCUUCCAACCUGGCGAGGGAUGGGAGUAUGGCGUCAAUAUCGACUGGGCGGGUGUAGCGCUGCAGCGGGCGACAGGCCUGACGUUGAACGAAUUCCUGCAGAAGAGGCUAUUUCAGCCGCUCGGAAUCGUCGACAUGUCGAUGAUUCCCGGUGAAGACAUGCGUUCAAGGCUGGCGUACAUGCAUCAGAGGGAUGCUGAUGGCACGCUGAGGCCGAGAGACCAUCUCCAGCGAUUGCCAUUGGUGAUCGACCCCAACAACAAUGACGAGGUCGCCAGCGUAUUCAACAGCGGUGGUGCCGGCAUGUUCGCGAGACCGCAGGAGUACUGCAAGGUCCUGGCCGUUCUCCUGAAUGAUGGCACUUGCGCACGGACUGGAACCCAGAUACUGCGCAAGGAUACGGUCGAUGAGAUGUUCCGUAACCAGAUCCCCGAGUUUCCCAACUACAGCCGUCAAGGGAUUCCGGCAGCAAAGCCUGACCUCACACUUCCCCUGGGCGAGUUGUAUCCGACGGCCGAUAACGCGCCUCAGGGUUGGGGCAUCACGUUUAUGAUGCCAAAUGCAGACGCAACUGGAAGGUCAAAGGGCGCAGGACAUUGGGCUGGAUUGGCGAAUCUGUGGUGGUGGUGUGACCGCGAGAAGGGCAUCGCUGGCAUGGUGGCGACGCAGCUGCUGCCGUUUGCUGACGGCAAGGUGCUGAAUCUGUGGGUUGGGGUUGAAGCUGCGGCGUAUGAAGCUCUUCGGGCGUGA